AUGAGUGACACCGAGCAGAGCUUUACGCUGUCCGUUCCCGAAGGCGACAUUGACCUUCUGAAGAAGAAACUUGAACUCACACGCUUUCCUGACGAGCUGGGAGGGGCUGGAUGGGAUUAUGGUGUGCCUCUUGCCGAUGUACAAAGGCUGGUCGUGCGCUGGAAGGAACACUUCAACUGGAGAGACGCAGAGGCAAAGAUCAAUAAAAUCCCGCAGUUCAUGAGAGACAUUGAGGUCGAGGGAUUUGGGUCGCUAAAUAUCCACUACGUGCAUCAAAAGAGUGAAGUCAAGAAUGCCGUUCCACUGCUAUUCCUCCACGGGUGGCCUGGACACUUUCUGGAGGUGCAGAAGUUACUGCCAAUUCUCACUGCUGCGUCCCCUGACCACCCAAGCUUCCACGUCGUUGCUCCUAGUCUGCCUGGAUACGGCUUCUCGGAAGCACCUGCAAAACCAGGGUUCUGCGGUGCUCAGUAUGCUAAGGUGGCUAACAAGUUGAUGAUCGCGCUCGGUUAUAAGGAAUACGUGGUUCAGGGCGGCGAUUGGGGAUCGUUCAUUGCACGCACGCUUGCGCACAUGUAUGGACAUAAAUCCGUCAAAGCGUGGCACACUAACUUUACCCCCAUCCGCCAACCUCCGUCGCUGCGGACGCACCCUCGUCUCUUUUUCCAACACCUCUUCACACCCUACACUGACGCCGAGCGCGCGGGCCUGAAGCGCAUGCAAUGGUUCAACGAGAAAGGUCGUGGCUACUUCUUUGAGCAAUCCACCCAGCCACAGACGCUUGGAUACUCGCUCGCGGAUUCGCCUGCGGGAUUGUUGGCUUGGAUAUACGAGAAACUCGUUGUAUGGACAGAUCAGUAUCCGUGGGAUGAUGAUGAAGGCAAGUUCCCUAUUCCGCAUCCAUGCUGGUCGCUUAUCGUGAAUUUAGUGUUGACGUGGAUCUCCAUCUACUGGUUCUCUCGAGCCGGUCCCACUGCUUCCACGAGAAUAUACUAUGAGGUUACAGCCUCUAAGGAAUACGCUAAGUUUGCAUGGAGCUCUAUCCCCUGUGGACUGUCUUUCUUCCCGCAAGAGCUUGUUGCAGUUCCGAGGACGUGGGCACGUCAGGUUGGCAAUGUGGUGUUCGAGUCUGGCCAUGGAAGUGGUGGUCACUUUGCUGCUCACGAAAGACCUGUCGAGCUUGCCGCCGAUAUACGUGCCAUGUUUGGCAAAGGUGGCCCUGCGUUUGGGGUGGUAUCCGAGCGUAUUGGUUACGACGAAUGA